ACGGACAAUGCCUCGAGACUCGAGUCCCAGUCCUCCUCCGCUACCGCCAGUGCCGCCGAACUCGCCCGUACGAAGAUCGCCCUACGGGCCGCGCUCCGUCAAUUCCCAGACUUCCCUAUUCCUGGAAUAGACUUCGUCGACAUUCUGCCUCUCUUCGCCGAUCACUCUAUUCACACGUCGCUCGUCCGGGCCCUCGAACUCCAAGUCAAAUCCUUCAACAAUGGUGUCAGACCAGACGUGAUUAUCGGACUCGACGCACGAGGCUUCCUGUUUGGCCCCAGCCUGGCCUUGAAGAUCGGGUCGAGCUUUGCUCCUGUCCGUAAGCGGGGCAAGCUGCCUGGUCCCACCGAGGAGGCGCCUUUCGAUAAGGAGUACGGACAAGAUUUCUUCCAAAUUCAGGCUGAUGCUGUGAAGAAAGGCCAGACUGUCUUGGUGGUUGAUGAUAUUAUUGCAACUGGUGGUUCUGCUCAAGCUGCUGGCAAGCUCGUAACUCAACUGGGAGGAACUCUCGUCGGCUACCUUUUCAUCCUCGAACUCGACUUCUUGAAGGGACGGGAUAAGCUCGAUGCUCCAGUCAUUACACUCCUCUCCGAC